AUGCGCAUAGCAUAUUUACACUUGACGCAGUAGGAUCCCUUUAUUCUUCAAAUAGUUGUUUUAAAGCUUUAGUGAAAUAUUAAACAAAAAUUGGACUUGUAAGUUUGUUUACAGCGCGCUCGAAUAUUUGAUUAUAUUUAAUCUGGCGAGAGCGAAAAACUGCGGAUAUACAAUAUACAAAAACUCUUAAUAAAUGUUAAAAUGAAAAUACAGGAAUAUUGGGAAUUAUAUCGCUCGACCUGACAAAAAUUUGCAUACUGGACAGGAUAGGAGAGAGAUUAUAUUGAAGGAUGGAAUGGUUAUGCCGUUGUGGAAUUAAGCGCCUGCUGAAGGUGUGGCUUGGCUUUUCUGUAGGAUUGGUAUUCAGCUUUACCCUACUAGUCAAUGAAAUGGUGGUACAGUUUACGAACAAUGAAUCCAAAGAUCGCUUUUCUAUGACAGUUCUUGAGGUCUCCAACUGGUAUAACACGAGAACAAACUUCUGCGGGGGCCAUUACACGGGAUACGGCCAUACUUUUUUCAAGUUGAAGUCAACUGUAUUUGACCCAAAGAAAAACAUUUUUACAAUAUCCUGUAACGAGUGGAUGUUUUUGCAUAAACCUUCAACGUACUGGUUUAAUGGAAAAUAUGCUCCAUCGCGGUAUUCUAAAUCUUUGACCUUCAACAAAGGUCACGAUCUACGAAAUAUUUUGAAAGAUGAGAAUAUUACAGUAGUUGUCUAUAGGGAAUAUCCGCAUAAUUUCUAUCAUGCCAUGACACAGUGGUACAAUAUUUUUGUACUGUCAAAACUUUUUAGCUUCAGAAUGAAGAGUGUUAAUAUUCUUUUACUGGACACCGGUCCAGUGGUUCACAUUGAUGAACAGUGGAAGUUACUGUUUCAACAAGUGAUAAAAGCGGAUGAACUUAACAGUCCAAUGUAUUUUAAGGAAGCCAUAUUUAAUAUACCUGGGCACGAAAGCCCAAUGUACUAUUUUGAUCUCAUUAAACUGCCAUUUAUAGAAGACUUCUCAAAUCAUGUUUUGCAAAAUUUUGGUAUAAAAGGCAAGCAGUCUUUUAACUGUAAAACAUUAACAAUAACUUUAGUUCUUAGGCGGGACUAUUACAUGCAUCCCGGCGUAAGCACUGAGAAAAGAAUCGCAGAACGAAAGUUCAAAAAUGAGUACGAGUUACUUGCCACGCUCAGAUCUGAAUUUCCGGGCCAUACGGUGCAAACGCUAAUUGCGGAGGAAAUGUCACUUCCGGAACAGUUGUCCUUGACCUCAAAUACAGACAUUUUGAUUGGAAUGCAUGGUUGUGUUCUUACACAAAUCUUAUUCUUGCCAAAACAUGCCAUGGUGUUGGAAAUGUAUCCUGUUUUCUGGACAGUUCAGAGAUUCUUUAGUUCUAUAUCCAGAUGGAGAAAUAUCAAACAUGAAUACUGGCAGAAUAGUGACAAAAGAAAUGAAUUUGCCAACCAUUAUACAUAUGUUCCAACAAGUGUUAUACACGAAUUUGCCCAACGUGCUCGAAAGCAUUUUGCCUGUAAUAAACACAACUUAUAAUCUUCGUGAUUCAAAAGUUCAACAAAACUACUUGUCUGGUCUAUUUUUAGGGAGAUUCAGAAAAAAACAACCGAUAAAUUUUAAACUUUGUAUACUUAUUUCAGUGAUGCGCGUUGGAUGUUUUCACAUUUAUUCUAUCAGGACCUGCGUAUUAUGCUACUAAGUAUGUCCGGAUAGUGGUAUUAGUUGGGCCUGAAUUUUUACGUAUAAUUUCGAGUUUACAAACUGUUUGAUAACAAUAAUAACUUAUCUCUGUUGCGUAAAUUGGUACAGAAAUAUAAAGACUUGUAGGAAGUAUCGUUCACACAGUCUUAACUGAAAAGUAUUUCUACGCAGUGUUCUAGAUUUCGCGCAAACUACUAUGCUCUAUUUCAACUUCCCAACAAAUCGUAUUCUGUCAAAUCGUCACGGAAAAGAAUCUCUUGCAAGAUAAACCGGGCGAGCUGCGUUUGGAUAUAGCAUAACAUGAUCUGCAAAAGUAAAUAAAAAAUGUUAAAAGACUUUAAUGAGUAGAACAGCUUUGAUGUAGUGCACUUCAUGCACCUCGUAAACAUGCUUGAAGUAGCAGAAAGAAAUUCAUAUUGCAGAAUUUUUUUUUUCUGUAAUUUGGGCGACGAAAGAAAGAUCUUUUAGUGUAUAUAAAUAACGUUACUUUAAUUAAGAAUGUUAUUGACAUUUUGGCAAAAAAAACCCCCCAAAACCCACAAUAUUUCUUUAUUUUUUUUCUGUUUUUGCAGCUGAGUUCACAGUUGCGCCGUAAUGAUUCUUAAAAUAUGUUAAAACAAUACUGUUUCAUAUUUUAUACUGGUAUUUUUAUUUUUGUCCAUUAUACAAGCAGAUCACUAGAAUACGAAAAUAUAUCAAUCUGGCACGUUUAAAUUCUUCAUUCUUUAAUAUUUAAGUGUGAAACGUUAAGAGCUGUUUUAUCAUUCAUCGACUCGGCAUCUUAGCAGAAGUCACAAUCCAGUGCUCUCAUUCACAUUUGUGUAUUAAGGUUUAGCAGUAUAUCACAAAACUUAGUAAACGAACAACAUCUUGACAAACAAUUCAUUUGUCCAAUACAUGUUUUACUGUUCUGUCCCAUCGAAUUGGAUACUUAAAAUAUUUUAAAGGAGUUUUCCCCCUUAAAAAAAGAAUGCCAUUUGUAAAGAAAUAAGUGUAAACAACUGUCAGAAACGAUGUUGUAUCUAGUUAUGUUAAGUUUAAACACUGGUACAUUGUUGCAAAAGCAUCAAAACGAAGACAUGUAAUUGUUACAGCUUUUUAAAAAAUGGCGAGUUUUUAAAGGCGUUGAACUGUCUAGAAAUGUGGCUCCUUCAUGCAGUCCCUUUUCGGAAUUCAGUACAUAUACACAUAUGAGUAAAUUGACAAUGGUUUUGUAGACUAAUAUACAUGUUUUAUAUGCUGUUUAUUUUUCAUGUAAAUCAAUGCUUUCUUUCUAUGAUUAGGUGAUGUUCAAACUUUUUUCUCCGAAACAUGGACCUAACUCUUAAAGAUUCCUGAAUACAUUGCGUAAUAUCGAAAGUAAAAGCGUUUAACGUCCUUAAUUCUUUUAGCUGCCUUUAUGAUUUUAGCUCCACUAUUCGAAGAAAAGGUAGAGCUAUUGCACUCACCCAUGUGUCGGCGUCUGCACCCCGACUUGGUUAAGUUUUGUAUGUAAGCUUGUAUCGCAGUAUCCACUUAUGGGAAUUGAUCGAAACGUAACACACUUGUUCAUCUGUGAUUAUCUGAAAAGCAGUGCACAGGUUCCAUAACUCUACUUUGCAGUUGUACAAAGUUAUGUCCGUUUGUCGACAAAACAGUUUAUAUGUAAGCUUGUUUCUCAGUGUCCUCCGAUGGGAAUUGACAGACACUUCAUACACUUGUCCACUGUGAUGAUCCGACGUGAAGUACACAGCUCUCAUAACUCUAGUUUGCAUUUUUAUAAAGUUAUACCCCUUUUGGAAUGUUUUGGUUUUGUAUGUAGGCUGGAAUCUCAGCAACUAAUGCAAGAAUGGAUUGAAACUUUACAAACGUUUUACUGUGAUGAUUUGGCACGAAGAUUACAGAUCCUAUAACUCUGUUUUACGUUUUCUCAAAGUUAUGCCUAUUUAUUCUCAGUUUAGCAAUUUUCUUGUGUAAUCUGUUAUACCAUUAAGCAUUAUAAGUGGGGAAAAUUCAACGACUAAAAUUGUUGCCGCUCUGUGUCUAUGUUUUCAUUACUUUAUUUUAUAUUAGCAAGGCUUUUGAACAGACGAACAGACGAGCUCUUGCUGUUUCUUGCAAUUUUAUUGUCUACAUUUAUAGUUCGAACGUCUUGUUAAUUCCAUUUAUACGUACUCGAGCUCUAAAGCUGCUUUGAAGUGUUUGGUGUUCAAACAUACUCUAAGAUUUAUUUUAUUACGUUACUUGCAACAAAUAAAUUUGAUUUGUGCAGCCUGAAUAUCUUCAGAUAUUGGAUGAUAUAUACAUGUUUCUGAUUAAUGCUACAACAGAUUGUUCAGAUGUUUGUCAAACACUUAAAAAUGCAAAUAAAAUAUUUUUGUUUUGA